GUCGGCCUCGUUGCAUCUGACAGGGGCGGCGGAGCGGUUCGCUGUGCUGUGUCUCAGCUCUGAGUGUCUGAGGCUGCGAGGGGGACGCGGCGGCUGGAGGAGCCGCCACACACAGUUCUCUGGAAGGAGCCGGGGACUCUCAGCAUGUGCCGCAGCCGCUUCUCAUAACGGAGAGAGAGAGAGAGAAAAAGGGGCUCUGACUGGGGCUCUGUGUUAUUGUCAUGGCGCUGGGAGCGCGACCGGAGCUCGUAGGGAAGCGCUUCGUCUGUUCGGUCCUCGGAGGAGGAGAGGAGCCGCCGGAACUCGGGGAGAUCGGACAGAUCGGUCGCUGGGGCUGGAGAGCCGGAGUUAUCCGAGCGGUGUCUCACAGGGACAACGACAACCCAGAACUGACGGUGUAUGUGGAAUUUGAUGACCUGGAAUGGGAUAAACGAGAGUGGAUGAAAGUAUAUGAAGAUUUUACAGCCUUUUUUGUGGAGUACCAGCUGGUCUGGGCUAAGCGAAAAGACCCCGGCCAGUCUCAGGGAUCAAAGGGCAAGCACAUCCAGUGGCCUGCAUUGGCAUUUAAGCCCCUGGUUGGAAAAGGUGUAUAUAAUUCCAUUACUGCAAUAGAAUUCUUAGUAGAGAGACACCUGGAGUUUGUCAGUGAAGAUAGUGCCUUUCAGCUCUAUCAGGAUGAAGUAGAUAGUCUCAACCCAGUUCUCAGGGAUAACCCUCAGCUUCACGAGGAGGUGAAAGCCUGGGUAAAAGAACAUAAGGUUCAGGAGAUUUUUAUGCAAGGUCCAUAUUCCUUAAACGGCUAUCGGGUGAGAGUUUACAGACAGGACUCGGCCACCCAGUGGUUCACUGGUAUAAUCACUCAUCAUGAUCUCUUCACCCGCAAUAUGAUUGUUAUGAAUGACCAGGUACUAGAGCCACAGAAUGUUGACCCUUCUAUGGUUCAGAUGACCUUUCUAGAUGAUGUUGUUUACUCUUUGUUGAAAGGUGAAAAUAUUGGUAUCACAUCUCGCCGGAGGUCUCGCUCCAAUCAGAACAGCAACACAAUCCAUGGUCAUUACACACGGGCACAAGCCAACAGUCCCAGGCCGGCGAUGAACUCUCAGAGCUCCACAUCCAAGCAAGGUCAGCAGCACAGAAAUGCCCGUUUAAACAAAAGGAAAGGAUCAGACAGCAGCAUGCCCGACGAAGAUCGAGUGAAAGAAGAGAGAUACGACGGCACAGGUAGAUCAGAAAAUCUGAAGAGGAACAAACAUUUCCACAGCAAAAGGAGGAAACCCGAAGAGGACGAAAAGAAAUUCAUUUUGAAAAGGCUGCGCGCGGACAAUAUUUCAGACUUCUCGGAGAGCAGCGACUCCGAAAAUUCAAAUAAAAGGACAAUAGAUUCUUCGUCCGAGCAAAAUUCCGAGAACGAGUUGAAAAUCAAGAACACUUCAAAGAUAAACGGAGACGAGGGAAAAUCCCAAAGUAGCGACGGGGCUGAGGAACAGACACUAAUAGAUAGACAUUCUCCCUGGGAUGAGAUACAGGACGAUAAAAAGGAAAUAGAGUCUCAGCUGCAGGAAGAUAAACCUCACUUUCUCCUAUCGGAACAGACAGCACUUUAUGAGCAGAAUCCCAACAACCCACAUGUUCUAAAUAGCGUAGCGGAGAAGAACAACACUACGGAAUUGUUACAGGUCGAGCCACUCAGCGGCAAGCCUCCAACGCCAAAAAAUGCCAUUGUCUUAAAUAACGAAAACAAUGCCAACGAGGCUGCCCAAGAAAGCGGCACCAGCACGUUUGGCUCACAGCCUGUUCCCAAAAUGGAAUUACAAAGCACCGAAUUAAAGCCUUCGUACGCAGGUAUCAGUUUUUCUGAUUCUAAGAAGCAGGAUCCGGAGCGCGUGUGGAGCGAGGUGAACAGCAAGGGGGACUUGGCGCAUCCGGGCGUGUUAAAGAAUUCCCAUUUGGCCAAGGAAACCCACGAGAGAGAGAAAAUCCAGCACGGCUCUGUCAUCGGCAGCACUUCCCUAACAGACGAGCAGAAGAGGCUUCAGAAGCAAACCCUGGACGCAAUGAAGGCCAAACCUCACGUCGCAGAGGUUUCUAGUAAAAUCAAGUACAACGCCUCUCCGGAUGUGUUAAAGUCGCGGUCCGUCCACUCCCCAGACCCUGUGAAGCACAAAGUGAAUUACCAUAACAGUCCGAUGGCUGGGAUUGUAAGGUCCUCCAGCAAGUUGGAUUGCGACCUUCACAGAUCCAGUUUUCAUCCGGUGGCGGCCAGAGUGAGCGCCAUCGAGUCUACAAAAAGUCCUCUUAUCAUAGACAAAAAUGAACACUUUACCGUUUACAGGGACCCAGCACUUGUUGGACCAGAGACUGCAGCUAAUCACUUAUCUUCUUAUUUGCACCAGCAUAACUUUCCUCUUCAUUCUCCAGCUCAUCGAACGUGUUUACCUCCAAACAGCCACCACCCAGCGUUAACAGGAAACCCUCAUCUACUCACAUCCUCCUCAAACCAAGCAUCUAUAGCUGCUAUUAAUACUCACUCGCUUGGCAGUGCAUCCCAUCAUCCUGUUCAUCAUCCUCAUUUACUACCUGCGGUGUUGCCUGGCAUGAACCCCGGGUCAUUACUAGGUGGCCACCCACAGCUAGAGACUGCACACGCCAGCAGCCUUAGUCACUUAGCAUUGGCACAUCAACAGCAGCAGCAAAUGUUACAGCAUCAGUCACCGCACCUUCUCAGCCAAGCUCAUCCGUCGGCUUCUUACAACCAGCUGGGACUCUAUCCAAUCAUCUGGCAGUAUCCAAAUGGAAGCCAUGCUUAUUCCGGUCUUGGCCUGCCGUCGUCGAAGUGGGUUCAUACUGAGAAUCAUGUCAGUGCUGAGGCUUCCAUGAGACGGAACACUGCCAGUCCCUGGCUGCACCAACCUACACCUGUGACUUCAGCCGACAGUCUCCUGAUUGGUCACCUGCCGGUGCGGCCCUCCAGUGCAGACGCACACCGACCAAUCAAACUUGGUGUGCACUCGAGCCCGCCUUUGUCCAAACCAGCGGCCGAGCACCACAAGGAAGAGAUCGACAAGAAACCUUUCAUGGAUCCCAUGCGUUCAAUUGCAACGGUGAAGUCUGAACAUGAACACGGCCGGACUCACGCAGGCAAAGAGAGCCAUUUACAUAGACAUUAUAUGGAACCUGUCCUGAGCCACUCCAAGUUGCAGAGGAUCUCGCAGGAUCCCGUAGAGAGGCCGAUUAAAUACAAGGAGGAACACAGGCGAAUACUUCAGGAAAAUACAGAAGCAUCUCCUUUUCCGCUGAAGGCGAAAGCACACGAGAACGAACAUGAUGGUUACAGAGUCGCGCCCAUCGUCUCUUCCGGCACUAAAAUCCAUGUGGUGAAACAGGAGAACAAUGUUGAUCGCCAUAUUAAUGAACUGUAUAAACUGAAGAACUCGGUCUCACAGAGUUUACCGCAGAGCAACUAUUUUACCACCUUAUCAAACAGUGUGGUCAACGAUCCGCCGCGGUCGUUUGCGUCAAAGGAAGUGGUGAACUUGUACCCGGAAAAGCAGAAUUCUACCCCGUGCUCUGCCAACUCGUACAUGUCGUCUCUCUCCAAACCACCGCCGCUUAUCAAGCACCAGCCCGAGGAAGUGACGACGGUUAAGCUUAACGAGCAGCUUUCUCAGCAAGUGGCAAGUCACACCAUCACUUCCUACCGAGGAGACAGCAGAAGUCCCACCCAGUUGUCCAUUUCAUCCACCAACGCUCUCCGUAGCAUGCCUGCUUUGCAUAGAGCCCCUGUUUUUCACCCACCCAUCCAUCACAGCCUGGAGAGAAAGGACGCCAGCUACAGUAAUCUCUCGCCGCCGACCUUAACUCCGGUGCAGCCGGUAAACACAGGCAGCAAAAUACAAGAGCUUCAGAAGCCUCCAACGCUAGUUCCUGAGCCCAAAGAAGGUUCCAGCACAUACAAGAAAGAGAAAAGCAUCCAUGAUGGUUGGAAAGUGAAUGAGAAGCAGAACCACAGCAAAGGAGUGUGGAUGCCGGAGAAGAAUAACUUCAAGACCCAGGCUGCGACUGCCUCUGUCAUUGUCCGCCCAUCGUCAAGCGCAAAGUACGAUCCCAUUCCAAUAGUGCAGCCCCUCUCAAAGGAGAGAGUUGGGGAUAAACCCUUAUCUGGGUUGAAUCAGACUGAUUGCAUCAAACCCCUGGAAUCCCGAGAGACUGUGAGGAUCACCCAACCAACUGUCAGUUUGGAGAAGAGUUCUCCGGUUCCCUCGCACACCGCCAGCUCCGUCGGCCCAGCGCCCAGUAUUAUGUGCAGCACGAAAACUGAUGUGACCACCUCUGCUCCCACAACGACAAGUGUCUCCAGCAGCAGCGGAUCGGAGGUGACCUAUUCCUUGUCCAACUACUCUGUGUCAGCUUGUGCCGUGAUAGAAUCUAACACCUCAAAAGCUGGAAACCCAACCAGCACCCAAACUCCAGAGAGCCAGGUCAUCAACCCGGCUCCGGUUACUCCAGUGAGUGGCAAGGCUACAAGUGCAAUUCAACCCAACGCUGCCUAUUCUACUUCCACUGACUUCAUCCACCUGAAAAAGCACAAGGCGGCCUUGGCGGCAGCUCAGCAGAAGAGCACGAACGCCAGCGAGACGGAGCCCAGUGCUGUGAAAAAUCCCAAAUUACCUGCCUGCAGUUCUCCGGACAGCAACGUGGCCUGCAGUUCAGCCAAUGCAUCAAGCACUUUAGGCAACGGGCCUGUUGUCCAGCCUAACUACCACACAAAACUAAAAAAAGCUUGGCUUACGAGGCAUUCAGAAGAAGAUAAAAACAUUAACAAGCCAGAGAGCACAGGCAGCACUGCAGUCUCAGAAUUAAUCAAGCCUUGCACUGUCAAUCUCAUUAACUCAACCUCCGAGGAGCUUCAGAAUAACAUCGACCUCCGAGUGCAGGAUGACCAGUCUCCCAAAGAAGAUAGGCUGACCAGGAGGAGAGCAAAAAGGACUUACGAAUCCUGCUCCGAGAGCGAGGACUCCGACGGGAGUGAGACCAGGUCCGGGCAAAGGCUCAAGCGCCAGCCUAAGCCCACGUAUAAAAAGAAGCAAAAUGAUAUGCAGAGACGGAAAGGCGACACGGACAAAGAGGAGGAAAUCAAACCCAAUGGAAUUCUCAGCCGGCUUGCAAAGGAGAAGAGCAAACUGAAGCUGCAGAGCAACAGCAGCAGCAAUACUGGAAUUCCUCGCUCAGUGUUAAAAGACUGGCGUAAGGUGAAGAAGCUGAAGCAGACGGGCGAAUCCUUCUUACAGGACGACUCCUGCUGCGAGAUCGGACCCAACCUCCAGAAGUGCAGAGAGUGCCGGCUCAUUCGCACCAAAAAAGGAGAGGAAUCCACCCACUCGCCCGUGUUUUGCCGAUUCUAUUUCUUCCGAAGGUUAUCGUUCAGUAAAAACGGAGUGGUGCGGAUAGAUGGCUUUUCCUCCCCGGAUCAGUACGAUGAUGAAUCCCUGAGUCUGUGGUCACACGAGCAUUAUGAAGACGAGGAGCUGGACCUGGAAACCAUCAAAUAUAUCUUGGCUUAUAUAGGAGAUAAGUUCUGCCAGCUGGUCACCUCUGAGAAAGCCGCCAUGUCCUGGGUGAAGAAGGAUGCUAAAAUCGCGUGGAAGCGGGCCGUGCGCGGGGUGCGGGAAAUGUGUGACGCCUGUGAGGCCACUUUGUUCAACAUCCACUGGGUCUGCCAGAAAUGCGGCUUUGUGGUGUGUCUGGAUUGUUACAAGGCCAAGGAAAGGAAAAUAUCUAGAGAUAAAGAGCUGUACACGUGGAUGAAAUGUGUGAAGGGGCAGCCGCAUGAUUACAAGCACCUCAUGCCCACGCAGAUUAUCCCCAGCUCAGUUCUGACGGAUCUCAUGGAGGCCAUGCACCAUCUCAGAGAAAGAUUUGGGAUCAAGUCCCACUGUCACUGUGUCGGCAAGCAAAGCCCACAGACACCCAAGUACCCGGCCAUGAAUGGAGUCUCACAGGUGUUGCAGAACGUCCUCAACCACAGCAAUAAGAUAUCCCUGUGUUUGCCCGAGUCUCCGCACCAGAGCUCACCCCAAAAGCCCGAAACCAAUGGCAACGCAAGCCCGGGGAGCGACUCCAGCUCCGACAGCAAGCUCACCUCCUCCGAGUCCCAUUCCUCUCUGCACUGGCUCGCAGACUUGGCGGAACAGAAGUCCAGGGAAGAAAAGAAAGAAAACAAGGAAUGUCCCAGUGGGAAACGUAUCAAAGAAGAGAGAGACCAAGACGUUUCUGAAACUGUCAAGGGCAAGUCGUCCACCCCGACGACUCAGAAUAACGAGCCAGGCUCCACCUUACGCGACUUGCUCACAACCACCGCUGGGAAGCUGCUCCUCGGCUCUACGGACGCUGCCGUUGCCUUUGCACCAGUCUAUUCGGCUGCAAAUCCAUGCAAUAGAGGGGGCAGGUCCAUGCCCAACAUCUUGGAUGACAUCAUCGCCUCGGUCGUCGAAAACAAAAUUCCCGCCACUCGGACCCCCAAACCCAUCGUUCAGUCUGAGCCAAAGGAAGAAAUCGCGGAGGUCCCCCUGGUGGAGGCUGUGAAGGAGAACCAGGAGAUCCCCCAUUCCUGGAUCUGUGAGAGGCACAUCCUGUGGCUAAAGGACCACAAACACGUCCACAACUGGAAAAUGUUCCAAGAAUGCUGGAAACAGGGCAAGACAGUCGUUGUGUCUGGGACCCACAUACGGAUGAAUGCCAAUCUAUGGAAAUUGGAGGCAAUCAGCAGUGAUUUUGGGGAUCAUCCAGGAGACCUCCUUAACUGCAAAGAAGGCGUUGUGCAGAGUGGCAACGUCAAGGAAUUCUGGGAUGGAUUUGAGGAUGUUUCUAAGAGGCAAAAAGUAAAGAACGGGGAGACCGUCCUUCUGAAACUGAAAGACCAGCCUUCGGGGGAAGACUUCAAGAACAUGAUGCUCGCGAGGUAUGAAGAGUUCUUUAAAAUGCUCCCUGUGCCGGAAUACUGCAACCCCGACGGGAAGUUGAACCUCGCCUCUCACAUGCCCUCGUUUUUUGUGCGGCCGGAUUUAGGCCCCCGGAUGUGCAGCGCAUAUGGUGUAAUAGCAACGAAGGACCAAGACACGGGCACGACGAAUCUUCACAUUGAAGUGUCAGACCUGAUCAAUAUCCUCGUCUAUGUCGGUGCUGCAAAGGGUCUCGGAGUAACGUCCAAAUCCGGAGUCUUGAAGAAGUUUGAGGAGGAAGAAAUGGAUGAACAUUUAAGGAAGAGGCUGAAGGACUCCAAUGAGGUCCCUGGAUCACUAUGGCACAUAUACGAGACCAGAGACGCUGACAAAAUACGAGAGUUUUUGCACAAGGCAGCAAAAGAGCAGUGUCUGGAGAUCCUACCUGAUCACGACCCAAUCAGAGACCAGAACUGGUACCUUAGCAAGAAACUCCGCCAAAGCCUUCUGGAGGAUUAUGGGGUUAAAAGCCAUUCGCUUGUCCAGUUCCUUGGGGAUGCAAUCAUAUUGCCCGCUGGAGCUAUCUAUCAGGUGCAGAAUUUUCACAGCUGCAUCCAAGUGACUCAGGACUUUGUGUCUCCGGAACAUCUCGUUCAGUCGUUCCAUUUAACGCAGGAACUUCGGCAUUCGAAGGAAGAAAUCAAUUACGACGAUAAAUUGCAGGUUAAGAAUAUCCUAUACCAUUCAGUGAAGGAAAUGGUAAGAGCAUUGAAGAUUCAGGAGGAAGACAUGGAAGAGUUGGAGGAUUGCUGAUCCCAACCAGAGUCUAAAGACUUCUCUCGAAGGAAGGGCCCCCCCUAUGCUCGCCGAGGGACACAUUGCACAACCCCCCCUCCCCCCCAAAAAAAACCUGCCUGCUCCUAGUAUUUCUGUGUUACUGACACCACACCAGUAUCAACCAAUCACAGCUGCUGGGAUCCGCCCACGAGGAGCCGGAAGCCCCUUCUCUACUCCAGUCUGCCGGAGGGGGGGGGAGCGCAGGUUCCGGAGCGCGGACGCUACACUGUAUCAUAGUGUAAAUUUAACGUUUGUGAAAAAAAAAACAAAAUAAUGUUGAAAAGAUUUAAAUGUAUUUAUUUUUCUGAAGACAAAGUUGGACAAAAGGUUCUACACUAUAUUGUGAUCAAAUGUAAAUGUGACUUUGUAUAGUUUGCUAAGAGAACGCGGAUAUUUUUCACUACAUUGAGACAGUAACUGUGAGGGUUCAACACAAAUCACCAGCUAUUUGCCUGCGUAUCCGGGAGCAUCCAUGUCACGGUCGGAGAGAUUUACUGCCAAAUACCCCCCCCCUACACUUUGUAUAUGGUUUGUUCUUUUUUUUUUAAAGAGACAGACGCUUCGAUGCUCGGUUGAAGCCGACUCGGUGUGGAAAUCGCCAUUUUACAGGAGAUGUAAUUUAUUUCAGAAGAGUUGUCUCAUUUUUUUUUUGGUAAAAAUUUAUGUGAACCUUUUGAAGCUAAAUAUGAAAAGUGAAUAUGCUAUGUAAAUAUAUACAUAUAUAUGCAUUCAAUGAGGUAUUUUUUUAAAAGACAUUGGCUUGCUUUAAUUUGUUAUAAGUGCAAGUGUUACACAUGGCUUUGUACAUUCAACUUGAAAGGGGUUUUACAUUUUCCAUUAAAAAGACUUUCUCUUUC